UGGAUCAAUACGCGGUGAGCGUGCGGCCUGUCUGGCAGCGUGCGGCUGCUUUUCCUGCCUUGAAGUCGCCUGUCCGCGCUCGCGAGACACUCCGGAGUGACGUCCUUAACGGAUCGCAUCUACCUUCCUAACAGUAGUGCAAUAGUUGGCUUCAACUCCGAAUUUUACGCGGAAUUUAACAGAGGAGUGCGCGAGCUUGCGAUCAAUUCGGUGCUAUUCUAUCGAGGAUGUUCGACUUGGCGCACGACUAGGCGUUUCGUCUUGGCGUCUCGGGAUUUGGUUUCCUGGGACGAUUAAGAAGAAGAUUGACAGUUCUCGCCCGCUGCUUCCUCGUAUUCUCCCCAAUUAAUCCCUUCUGUCCGUCGCUGAUUGAUCGAAAGGUGUCUUGGCCAAGCGAAUUCGAUCAUGCAGGCGUGCUAGCGACGGAUAAGUGACAGAUCGAUCUCUUCGCUGCAUGGAGUCGGCAAGAUUAGAAAAUUCGCCGGUUCAUGGUUGACGGCGAACAACGAAGAAGGAAUUAGAAAGCGGCUUGCGUCAACCGUGUAUAUGUUACGUGGCCGAGAUGCAUCUGUCUCAACUUGUGCGAAAAGUGAUCUGCAAGCAGGAACUGAGAUGCUUGCGAUUCCUGCGCUGGACCGUCCUGGUGCCGCUAGUAAUCUACAUAUCGCUCCUAUUUGUCAAGUACAACAAAAGCGUGCCUCUGAAAAGUUUAUCGACUCCAAGUGAUGGGGAUAAAGAGGGUGCCGCAAUGGACAGCUUGUUCGUUGAAUUGGAGGCCGUGACAGUUGGCAGAAGGAACUCGGUAGGUUACAAGGACGCGGGAAUCGAUCGUUCGCGUGGGGACGACGAGAACGUGCGGGAGAUCGUGGAGGUGGAAAAUCGUCAAGAUCCAAGAAACCUUCUCGAGGACAUUUUCCGACGGGCUGACACCGAUAAAAAUCAAUUGCUGGACAUUCAGGAACUGGCAAAAUGGAUCCACGCUAAGAUCACAGAGCACAUCACGCGCGCCAUGAGGGAAAACGUCGGUCUGUUCACCGCGAUCGACAACAAUCCGAGAAACGGUGAGGUGUCGUGGGAAGAAUAUCACGCUUAUUUUCUGAGAACCCACGGUUUUUCUGAAACCUACAUAAAUUCACACAAUAAGAAGCAUAGCGAGAUGCCGAGAGCGCUGAAGGAGAGCAUAAUGAGGGAUCGAGCACGAUGGGCCGAGGCAGCUAGGAACGAUCCGGAAAAGUUGGCUCUCGACGAGUUUCUAGCUUUCACGCAUCCUGAAAGCAGUCACAGGGCUCUCCUGCAAAUGGUGGAGGACCUCUUCGAAAAAUUCGAUCGGGACGGCGAUGAGCAGCUAACGGAAGACGAGUUCUCGGAUUUGCCAUCAGAAGGAGUUGGUCUAGAUUUACGCGAAGAUCGACAGCAGUCGAUAGGAGGUAGUGAAGACAGGCGUAAGGAGUUCCGACAUCUGAUUGACAAGAACAAGAACGGAAAAGCGGAUCGAACCGAAUUACUGAUGUACAUCGAUCCACGAAAUCCCAGACAUGCUAUACAAGAAGCCCAACACUUGAUUACUUUAUCGGACAUGAAUUUAGACGGAAAAGUGGAUCUUUCAGAAAUUCUGAGCAAGAUGGACCUAUUUCUUGACAGCAAGAUGGUGGACACCGAGAAAAGCUUUCACGACGAGUUUCGAUAAUUUCUAUAUACAAGCAUAAAAAGAACGGUUUUGCAGAAAUAUAUAAAAAUCAGACCAGAUAUAAAUUUGAAAUAAUACCGGAUGCUUCGAAAUAUUGUAGGAUGUCAGGAGACAGUACAACGAUGAUACUGCAAAAAAUAAUUUUUGACAUUCCGAGUUAUAUAGUGUCCGGUAUAAUUAUUUAAAUAUUAUAACUGCACCAGUCAAUGAACAAAUAAGUCAUUGGACCAGUCAAUGAACAAACAUAAAAUAACU